UACUCCGGAUGUUUUUCUGCGUCGUUGUUGGAUUUCCGGCCACAAGGUCUCACGAGCAAUUCAAUGCAGAAGAAGCUCCUUUGCUCGGAAACGGUUUAUUAAUUGAUUCAGUCUGGUUGAAUUACUUGUCUGGAUUUGGUGAGCCCUCCCGACCACGACCAUGUACCGGUCAGGUAAACAGGAACACGGGCCACCGCCGCCGUUCCGACCUCCAUCAGCCCACGGACCUCCUUUCACAUUCGGAGGGCCCUGUGGUGUUCCUCCUCACGGACAUAUGGCCCCUGGACCCCGCGGAUCAUUUUCAGCCCCGGCAUCGGACGGCCAGUUUCUCCACAGCAGACCGUCAAGAGGGCAUUUCAUCAGACCCCACUGUAGCAGCUUCUCCAUAGACCGUAAUACAGCGAUUGCUUCUGGAGACAGCCACCAGAUCGCCCCUCAUGUUGAACCACCACACCUUCAGGUCCCACAGUGGAUUCCCACUCCUGCGAAACAUCGUCUACCAGACAGUGACAGAGCUGGUGAGGAAUUCUUGAGAUGCAUUGCAGCCAACAAGCCUCUCCCAGACUAUCUGAAAGGGGACAUGGCCUACAACCUUGCUGAGGCAUUUAAGUCAGCUAAUGUUCUGAAAGAUGCAGUAAAAUCAGACCCUGAUUUCCAGAAGCAUGUGCCCAGGAGCAUCAGUCAAAGUAGAAGCAGAAGUCGUGGCAAAAGCCGCGGCAGAAGUCGUGGCAAAAGCCGCGGCAGAAGUCGUGGCAAAAGCCGCAGCAGAAGUCGUGGCAAAAGCCGCGGCAGAAGCCAUGGGAAGAGUUGUGGAAAAUCUCGUGCCAAGAGCCGUGCCCGAAGCAGAAGCCGCGCACGCAGCCGAAGCAGAGGAAGGAGCAAAAGUCAUGCUCGUGGCAAGAGUCGAGCUAGAAGCAAAAGCAGGGCACGCAGUAAAAGUCGGAGCAGGAGCCAAAGCAAGCAGAAAAGUCAUGUACGGAGCAAGAGUCGCAUCAGGAGGUCCAGGUCACGAAGUGGCAGUUUUGAAAAAAGAUGUGCCAAUGAUAAGAGAAAGAGGAGCCUAAGCCCCAGUUGCAGCGGCAGUGUUGAGAACAGUAACAACUUGACAGGGAAAUGUCUGUUAGAGGGACUGAAACUUGUCAUGAACAGCAAGGAACUGGAAGAGCGGUUGCCUACUCUCAAAGAUGCCAUCCUCACUAUUCAGGCGUCUGAUGGAAACAAAAAGGUGCAGUGUGUAUCGAAUGAGCAACAUGACAGUCAGGAGAAUUCAACUUCAUUGGAAAACGACAGCAUGCUCCUUCCCCAUGACCGAGUAGGCAGUGACUUCUCCUGGCUCCACGCACAAAGUCAAGAAGACUCCCCAGAUCAAAAAGCUGAUGAACUUGAUGAUGAGGAGUCAUUCUUAUAUGGAAAUGAAGAUACUGGAGGAAAGCAAGACAUUGAAACAACUACCACCUAUUUUCCAACAUUUUCUCAGUCUGGAGAACAUUACAAUGAUGUUUCUGCACUGAGCAGUCAACAGCCCAUAUUUAGUAGCUGUGGGGAUCUGCUCGACCUGAAGCAGCCCCUUCAAAUGACUUCCUCUGUCAAUCUGGACAGUAGUGAGUUUGAGAAAAUCAAGAACAUAUUAAAGAGUCAGGGCACAGCACACAUCAACCAGAUCAUGGUGAAGAUGCAGGGGCAGAAAGAGGAGAAGCAACCGUCUCCUGCUUUACUUGGUUCAGACCCAACAGUAGCAAGCUUGACAAUGCAAGCAAUGAAGAGCUCUAAUGUACAGCAAGCUCUGCAAUCUCUACAGUCUCUUAUCAAAGCGACAAAGGAGAAGAGAGUAAAAAGUGAUGGCGGUGGCAUAUCUCAGACCUUUGAUAAUCACAAGGCAAGUAACAGUGAGGAAAUGAAGAGAGAGAAACAAGCCAGAAGAAGUAAAAUGGAAUCCUUGAUGAAAGAAAUGGAGGGAUUGUUGAAACAGGAUGGCCAGAGUUUUCUGACGCCAGUGAUUGGGUUCUACUGCCAGAAAUGUGAGGAGUUCAUUGGAGAUUUAAGUUCUGCUGAAAACCAUGCGGCAGUUCACCAACAUGAUAAUUCUAGCAGUCAGAAAAUGCAAAUGGACAAACAUCCUGGACAGACUGAUCGAGGCAGCAAAGGACACUCCCACUGUUUUAGCAGCAGCAGUAACCCACACACCUCAGACAGGAGAGAUCACAGAGACUACAGCUACCAUCGAGAUUCAGGAGACCAGAGAAAUCACAGAGACUACAAACAAGACUGGAGGAAUGAGACAUCUCACAGAGGCAAGCUCGACAACAACCACAUAAAUCAAGGGCAGAGGCAGGAAAACAUCUCCUUUAAAGAGGAGAUGAGUAAGGAGAGGAUGCUCAUAACAGUGUCAUGUGGACCGACAUCCCCUGUGAACAUCAGGGUCAAGGAGGAGGUGAACAAGGAGCAGACCAUCAAAGGCUAUAGCAAUGUCAAAGUGGAAGACACAAAAAAAAAAGAUAGCAAGGGAAAAAAGGAAAGUAGUGAUGAUAGUGACAAUGACAACGGAAAAACAUGUAAAGUAAAAUCAUCAAAAAAGAAGAAGAAGAAGGAGAAGAAGAAGAAAAAGGAGAAGGGAAAUAAGUCCUAACAGUUGUAUUAUGCUUGUUGCUUUUUUAUCUUUAUUAGACAGUUCUUUGAGAUGAUGUCAGUCUGAGUUUUACCAUAACCCUCCUGGACACCAUGUAAUAGUUGUCUUUUCUUUUCCCAGUUAGUACUUUGUUGGUGAGAUCGGAAGACGGAGGUAGGCCAUCAGAAGUAAUCUCAUUAUUGUUCUUAGUGGAACAGUCUUGACAUGUUUGGAAGUGCACACCCAUAUUCAAAAGAGAGAUUAAAAUCAGUUUAAUCUUUGUGCAUCUUGUGGAAAGAUGGUUCUUACCAAGAUGGAGCAGGUAAUGUUGAAAAGGAGUUGUUUUGAGUUGAUCGAGGCAUCAUCAUCUGAAUAAAAUUGCUCCAAGUGUUUGUGCUAACCAAAAAUGACCAAGGACGUCCCAGAAUGAUGCACAGACAUUAAUGAUAUAAAUCUUCUCCUUUGGCUGUUGCUAUAUUUUGCAACCAAGUGCAUCUUCCAGAGUGUCAACUUGCUCCUUUUACUUAGGUAACCACAUCUAUCUAUGAUGUAAGUAUUUCACAUAUGUCCUCCCCCUGGCUUCAUCCUCUAAAUUAAUGUUUGAAAAAUUAAGUUGUCAAUUAGUCAACAAUCCAUCUUUCUCAACACUGUUGCUACUCUGUGCAUCGUUUCCAAAGACCAACAGCUUUGUAAUGCUAGACAUGUAAUAUGUUCUGAAUAAUGUGGAGUUUUUAUAAAAAACUAAAUCUUUAAUAAAAGAGGUGAAUACAA